AUGAGUGACAAAAAUAAGGAGAAACCUGGUGAAGGUUUAAGAUCUUUAAGGUCUACAACUGCUUUUCGAGUUAUUAAUUUUGAAUUAUAUGCAAAGCCUAAUAUUGUAAUAAUGAGCAUAGGUAUCACAUGUUUUGGCCUGGCACUGGGUUACAUUGCAUAUAUGAGGCAAAAAUAUGAGUCUUUGGGGUACUAUGCUGCUGUAGAUAAAGAAGGAAAAGAAAUUUUCGAAAAGAAAAAAUCUAAAUGGGAUUAG